GACGUGCAUCCGCGUACAUUCAAACAGGGUUGAGAAAGAGAAACUUGAUGCAAUGCUAUCGCCUCUCGGUGAUCAAAGACAUGCAUCGUAAACACCUGGGGAGAAUAGGUGCCAUGCUAUCGCUGAGCGAUCGAAGACGUGCUAUCGCUAUUAGGCGGUCAAAGACAUGCAUUCGCACAGGUGCGACGCUAUCGCUGGGAGGGCGAUCAAAGACGUGCAUUCUGGUAAUCUUUAAUAUACAGGGUGGCUUGCUAUUUAGCUUGAGAUGGCAUGGUUGAAUUGAAGACUUGCACCCGACAGAAAUCAAACAU